AUGUUUGUUAAAUAUGAUGGAAUUUCUCCAUCGGAAACUAUCGAGACACCAUCAUUAGACUCGAAGACAUUCCCAAGUGUUUACGAUAGUAAAUUUCAGAUUCGAUUAAACUGCUGGUAUACGUGUGAUUCGAAAAGAAAUGCUCUGUUGGAUGAAGCUAUGAACUAUCGACGACGCUACUUGGAAUUGAAUUGUAAUUUUGAUGUAGAUCAUCACAACAAUCGUAUUGUUAAAUGCAAUCUGUAUGAAUUUCAAUUCAGUAACGACAAUAAAACCAUCGUUGGCUUUCUCCGUUGGAUACCGAAAUUAAUUGCGAAUACAUCGAAUAGCCAGGAGACGAUCAAAGUUCUGGAUAAUUUCAAAAUGAUUCACAAUUUCAAUCCAAUACCUUUGACAACAAAACGAUUGGAAAAAUCGACUAAGACAACCAUCGAUAAUGAAAGCGCCGAAUCGGAAGUUUCCCAUGGCAACGGGAUGAUUGAUGAUUAUGAUGAUGAUGAGACAAAAACCUCAGAUGAAAAUGUUGGUACUUGGAGUUUGAGCGAUUUUUUAGAGAAAGAUCCGCCAUCCACAGUUGAGCAGAUUGACUUACAGCCAAUCGAACCCGCAAACGAUCCAGUGGGAGACCUUGAAGUUCGUGAGAUACCUUCGACAAAUAAUAGUGAAGAACAGAAGGCAAAAUUUGCUUUAGAACUCGAAAAUAAACAAUUGCGGGAGAAAAUCAGCUCUCUGAAAACUCAAAUAGUUGCACAAGUGGAUGACUCCAAUACUCAAACUUCCAGUGUGUUAAAUAGUGUACCAUCGAUGGAAUUGGAUGAGCAAUAUGAAGACCAGAUUCUUCUCCGAGGCUUUCAAGUUCACCACAAAGCAUUGGACAACAUUUUUCAAAAGAUCCGACUUCUUACCCAACAAAUUCAUUCCGCGGAAAAAGAUUUCAACCAACAGCUCAAUCGAAAUGUUCAAACUGUUCUCCAAACGGUUCAACAAGUACACCUCGAGAAGAUGAUCUAUUGGAAAUCUUAUCGAAGUUCAUUCGUGAAACAUACCAAUCACAGCUAUGAUGAUAAUAUCAAGAAUUUUUCCAAAUAUCUGCAUGAAAAAUUGAGAUCAUUCUUAGAUAUUUGUAUUCAGGAUCUAUCACAUGAUUUUAAAACUGACAUAUUUUAUUUAACAAAUAAUUAUUCAAAAGAUACAGCAUUCAUGGAUGACAUGGAGAAAAUCAAACUAUCUGCUUUUGGCGAUUUUAUUCGUGAGCAUAUUUUUCUACAGCAAAAGUCAACAAAAACUAUUCCAAACAAAGACGCCGUUUCCUGCCUGAAUAAACAUAUUGAAAAAGUUCAAAAUAUCCUGAAAACAGACACGAAAUACAAAGGAUGUGAGCUGAAACAUUUCUACAUGGUCAAUUCGUUAUUACAACGAUUGAUGGUCUUUUAUCAUUGUUUUCUUGUACAAUUACCUUUGUUCAAUGCCUCAUUCGGUCUUUUGAGUGAUAUCGAAACGAAUACAAUCAUUACCAUUUCGACAGCAACCGGAUCAGGUAAAUCUACUCUUCUUCCUGCUUUAUUGACUGCCGAUGGUUACGAUAAGAUAAUUGUUACCCAGCCACGACGUUUACCGUGUAGUUUGAUAUCGAAACGAGUGAAUUUGAUGGUUAAUGAUGACAUCAGUGGUUGGGCAAUAAGUGGUGCGGAAAAUAAUGUGCAAGGAAAGAUCCUUUAUUUAACCGAUGGACUUUUAAAAGAACGUUUGUUAAACGAUGAAAAUUUCAUAACACCAAACACCAAGAUAAACAAAUCCGUGGUUUUCUUUAUUGAUGAAGUGCAUGAACGUUCAGUUAAUAUCGAUUUAUGUUUGGCUUUGUUUGCACGUUUAUUCAAGUUAAAUCCUCAACUACGAACGAAGAUGAAGUUGAUCAUUUCGUCGGCGACAUUGGACCAAUCAGUUCCAGCAUUGUUUCGAAACAUAUCCGGUUGUUCACUGAAAGAAUUCAAUUUAACAUCUUUGUCAACAUUGUAUCCUGUAAAAUUUCAUCGUACACCCGAUGAAAAUCUGAUCGAACUCGUCCAAAAACUCUACAGUGGACGCAAUCGUCACGAUCAGAUCCUUUGUUUCGUCAGUUCAACGCAAGACACUCAUGAAAACUGUCAAUUACUAAAAGAAAUGACUAAAGGAGCGAUCAAUGCCUAUCCUCUUAUUCAAUCUCAGCCAGCGACUGAACAACAGCGAUACAUCGAACAAGGAAGUGUUUUCUUCUCUACGACGGUUGCUGAAACAUCAUUAACAUUUCCUUGUUUGAAAUAUGUCAUCGAUACGGGACUGAUUAACAUGCCGGUUUAUAGUUUAGAAUUGGAACGAACGGAAUUGAAAGAAAUUAAGACGGCAGAAUCGACAACCAAACAGCGAUUGGGUCGACUUGGCCGAACUCAACCGGGAGAAUAUUAUGCUUUGUAUGAUUAUCCAGCGAGUGAACAACGAAAGUAUCCGGUUCCACAGAUUUGUCAGUCGGAUUUAGUUAAUAUCGAGUUUUCGCUAAGAAAAUCACGCCUGAGAACAACUUUACGAGAGUUUCUCCAAUAUUUACCAGACAAACCAGAACGAAAGUUUGUUGAUGAUGCAAUCAAACAACUUCAACGAUUAAGUUUUGUUAGUUCUUCUCCCAAAGAAAAUCUCACAUCGUUGGGGAAGGCAAUUGCUGGAUUACCUGACUUUACUUCAUUACCUAUGUCGAAAGCGGUUCAUAAAGCAUUGACACGUUAUCGUUGCGGUCGUGAUUUGAUUCUUCUUGCGUCAAUUUUGUCUGUUUUAAAUACUUCAACUAUCCUGAAGUCUAUCCCCACUGAAUACAAACGUUCCGAAGGUGAUUUUAUGACACUUCUACAAGUUAUGUAUACCGUCGUAUCGAUGCGUGAUGCAGUUACACCUCAACAAUUCGAUCUUAAUAGGUUUUGCAACAGUAAAAACUUAACCAGUAUUUUCCACGUCAUCCGAUCCGCACUACGACGAUACAAAAGUUUAGAAAAAGCAUUUAGUCUAUCCAAUGAGUAUCGAGAACUUGCUCAAGUUCAAUCUGGAAAUUGGGAGAAUAUCGCCAAAGCUCUACUAGAAGGCUUCUCUGAUAGAGUUUAUGCUUCGCAAAGACUACUUCAGGGCAAAACUCAGCAGUACGUCAAAUACAACUCCCACCAACAACGAGCUUCACUAAAUGAACCAUAUUCAAUUGCAGUUAUUGAUCGAACAUCAACCAUAAGAACAGGAAACAAAGGUGCACAACCAGCUUCAUUAAUUCUAGCACGGGAUGUUCGUUAUUUAACAGCCGUUCGCUCAUCAGCGGUUCUGUCGUUUGUUGGACAAAUCGAAUCUUCAUGGCUGGAAUAUACGUUCAAACGAGAAUUAAAGUUAAAUCAAAAAGAAGGAGAGAAAUUAACCAGUAACACCUUGCGACAAGCAAUACAACAAUUUCCUCACUUACAAAUGCAUACAAAUAAUGGUGUGCUAAGCCUUCACGGUCCAUCGGGUCAUAUUCUUAAUGCGGAACUCUAUAUUCGACAACAAUUAAUAACUCGGUUCAGUAUGACUUUAGCAUCGGAUCGAACGAAUGAUAAUUUGGCGAGAAAUUUACGGAGUAUAACAAGCAUGCCGGGAGAUCUAUUCGGCCCAUUGAGAUGGCGAUGGGAAUCGGAAUGUCAAGUGAAAGUUCGAACGAAAAUGCACAGGAAUAACGGAACGAUUGAAGUCAAUGUUGAAGGUCUUGAUUCGCAAAAUCAAGCUGUAGAAAAGGAGUUUAAAUCAUUUUUAAGCUGGCUUCGUAUGUGUGCUGUCAUUCGAGAUCCCAACUCUGGUGUCUCACCUCGCGUUCUUAAGCCGAACAUACGCGAGAAUUUUCGGGACAUGGAAGCGAAAAUUUAUAAUAUCACCGAUCCUGGACGAACAUCUGUGGAUCGAUGGAAGAGUUUAAAAGGUCCUAAUGCAACACGUGAGACACGCAUGGAAGUUGUAGCGUGGAUUGCCGUAUGUCAAUUUCAUUGUCGAUUAGAAGGCGGCUUUGUUCGAGACUGGGUUGUUGGGAAUUAUCGAUCACGACCAGCUAAUUUACCUCCGAAACAAUGGAUAACAUUACCUACUGCACCAGGUGAAAUUCCGAUAUUGCACAAAGAUCUUGUUCCAUCGGAUCUUGAUUGCCAUUUACCGCAAACAAAAGUCUUUGACGUGGAAUCAUUUCUUGAUGCUCUACAUGGUUAUGGAAUUAAUGCCAGAUCGUUUCGUCAGGAUUGGCGUUAUAUUAUUGUUGUUGACGAUGGAACAAAGACAGGCCCGUUCACAAUGGAUUUAAUCGAACCGCAUAUUGCUUUAACGCACGAUCGAAUUGACUUCGAUGUGAGCAAUUUAUCGUUAGAACGUGGCUAUACUAAAGAUUUGGGCAUGCGUGUUGAUAUCACUGGUGGAACAUGUCCGAUUCAAUUGGAAACUAUCGUCGAACGUAUUCGUAAUAAAAAUUUUCAAGUUUUACGUCCAAUCGAUGGCGAAAACGGCCCGAAUACAUCAGGAACAGUGGCCGAACGCGUUGAGAAAAUGAAAUCAAGAGGAUGGACACAGAUUGGUAAACCAUUUUCAUUUAUUCCAAAUCCACCAUCAACUUGUAAUGCGUUGCUUGUGCCUUACCCAUCAUCAACUGUACUUUAUGGAGAUCUUGUCGCUGAAAUGCAGAAAAUUCCAGGCGCUAGAGUGCUUUCAGUCGAACAGAUAAAAAAUCCCGAUGUUGAAUCAUUGUAUGAAUAUAUGAAACGAAGCAUCGCGAAAGAAUGUCCAGGAAACGAUCCACGAGAACGCGAAUUGUUUCAUGGGACAGGUGGUGAUGCUGUAAUCCAAGGAAUAAUUGAUAGAGGAUUCGAUGAUCGAUACUUCUCACCGUCUGGUGCAUGGGGACGGGGAGCAUACUUUGCUGAUGAUCCUCGAAAAUCAAAUAACUAUGCACCGCCAGAUCCACGGACAAGACAUCGUGUUAUUUUUUAUAACAAAGUUUUACUAGGUGUUCAAUGUAAACUGAGUCAACCGGAUAACUCUCUCAGUGCAGCACCAAAGGGCCAUCAUUCUGUUCAUGGAACUGGAUUACAAUGUGAUGAAUACAUUGUCUAUCGAUAUGGACAAGCUUUGCCAUAUCUGAAAAUAACUUACACAACACCUUAA